AUGAGCACUGAGCCCAAUGCCGUCACGCUGAAGACGGCGGUGAACACCAGGGCGCCGCUGAGCGAGCGGGUCGCGCGGAAGCAGCAGCAGCGGCGCUCGGAGGAGUCCGUCUCCGCCGGCUCCGCCCUGCACCGCGGCAUUCACACAACAUACGACGCCGCCUACAGCUCCGUCCGCGCCCGCACCGACCCCUCCGAAGGCAACUACUACCUCACCCUCCUCCGCUCCCAGGGGGCGGCGUCCGCCGCCGCCGCUGCAGCAGCAGCAAAAGGCACCUCACCCACGCCGAAGAAGUCGCCGCCGCCGCCUUCGGCGCCAACGGAGGAGGUGCGGGGCGGGGGUAACUCGCGGUUUGUCGCGCCCGUCACCACCAUACACCCGCCCAGCGCGUGGGAGACGGAGCAGCAGGCGAGCUCCCGCGAGGUACGACCUGUCGCGCCGCGUGACUUUUACAGCACCGCGCGCAAGCUUGAGCGCGCGGACGACGACCAACGCAGCGGCCUCGUGGGAAACACGCAGCGGACCGUGGACAUUAUGCGCAAGCGGGCAAACAACCCCGUUCUCUGCCCCGCCGCCGCCACGUACCGCACCUUUCGCCCAGUUCGUCCGAGGUGCGACACCGACGAGAGCGGCCGCCCCGCGCGGUACUGCCUCGACAUCGUGGACUGCACACAACUUGCCCCGCCGACGGAGGAGCAGUUGGGCUUCGACGCCGGCCCCCUCGCCCGCCUGCCGGAUGCGGCCACACUGUCGCAGGCGCUCCCCGUGCAGCAGCGCGUUAUCACGCGCAUGGGAACCUCGAACCCGCUCUUUGUCGGCACCGCGAAGGCGAUGGAGACGGCGAUACCCAACUACACAGGCUACGCCCCCACCCACCCAAGAAACAUUGCGGCACUGCGCGGCAACGACACCGACCCGCUGCGGGUUUGGAGCAAGUCCUUCAUGACGCUCGCGGAGCACGGCGGCGGCGUAGACUCACGCACCAACUGCACGAACCCGCUGGUGCGGCGGCGUGGCGGGGCGCGUGCACGGCCGACCAAGGAGCUGCCCCCCAAGAGUGACAAGUCCAUCUCCAGCACGGUCGAGGGCUCCAUGUUGCGCGCGACGCUACAUGACACCUUGCCCGAGGAACGCGCCAUAAAUCGGCGUGAAGACAAGGCCCUCAACUGGUUUGCGUAG